UGUUUUCCAGUAUAUUUUUCGAUGCCCCUUCUUUUUGUUUUGUCUCAUCUCCUUGAGAGUUGAGGAAUCUUGAGAGUGGAAUCGUUUUCCGUAUGUAAUACAAAACUCAGUAAGUAAUACGCUAAUGGCCAACAAGCCUAACCCACCAUCUCCAUCACCACCUCCACCUCUUCUCUUCUCUCUAGACUUGGCCAAACCCAGUAAAUUUUGCCCUCCAACUCUCUCUCUCAUUGCUGAAUUAGGCUUUUACUUCUCCAUCUUCCAUGAACUCUUUAUCAGUUUUUCACUUGCUAUAAUACCCCACAACCAGGUAGCUCAAUACCCACAAAAAAUCAAUAUCAAAAGCUUCACCUUUAUGCUGCUCAUAAAGCCCCUGAAUCCAAUAGGACCAGACCCAGAAGCCAAAAACUUAAAUUUUGCUUUGUUAGACGUUCUUCAACUACAGUUUCGAGAGGUUACAAUCUCAGUUCAAUGAGUUCAAGCAUUAUUUAUAGUCCCCUAAAGUUGGCCGCUCUCUGGCCUACAGGUUUAGAAAGCAAUUUCCUCUAUGGGGAUCCAUUGAAGAGUUCAAAUUCCAAAAGAUACCACCUUGGAGGUGUGAAUUUAGGAUCUUGUGUGGCGAAUUCGAGGAACCAGAAGCUCACCGUGAGGUCAAAUUCAGUAUUAAGUGUAGAUAAAAUAGUGGAGAAAGAUGGUGGUGGUGGUGGUGGUAGGGAGAAGCACUACGAUGCCAUUGUUAUUGGAUCAGGAAUAGGAGGGUUGGUUGCGGCGACCCAGUUGGCGGUGAAGGGUGCCAGAGUUUUGGCUUUGGAGAAGUAUGUGAUUCCUGGUGGAAGCUCUGGGUAUUACCAGAGGGAUGGAUAUACUUUUGAUGUGGGAUCUUCUGUGAUGUUCGGUUUCAGUGACAAGGGGAAUCUAAAUUUAAUAACCCAAGCAUUGGCAGCAGUUGGUUGUAAGAUGCAGGUGAUACCUGAUCCAACUACUGUCCAUUUCCAUCUGCCCAAUGACCUUUCUGUCCGAGUGCAUAGAGAAUACAGUGAAUUCAUUGCAGAACUUACUAGUAAAUUUCCCCAUGAAAAGGAAGGGAUUAUCAAAUUCUAUAGUGAAUGUUGGAAGAUUUUCAAUGCCUUGAACUCAUUGGAGUUGAAAUCACUUGAGGAGCCAAUCUAUCUUUUUGGGCAGUUUUUUCAGAAGCCUCUUGAAUGCUUGACACUUGCCUACUAUCUGCCUCAAAAUGCUGGUGACAUAGCUCGAAAGUACAUUAAUGAUCCUCAAUUGUUGUCUUUCAUAGAUGCAGAGUGUUUUAUAGUGAGUACAGUUAAUGCUUUGCAGACACCAAUGAUCAAUGCAAGCAUGGUUCUUUGUGACAGACAUUAUGGUGGCAUUAACUACCCAGUUGGUGGUGUUGGUGGAAUUGCUAAGUCCUUAGCAAAUGGCCUGGUUGAACAGGGAAGUGAGAUACUUUACAAGGCAAAUGUGACAGGCAUUAUAAUUGACCAUGGCAAAGCUGUAGGAGUUAGGCUUUCAGAUGGAAGGGAAUUCUUUGCCAGAACCAUAAUAUCGAAUGCUACUAGAUGGGAUACAUUUGGAAAGCUUUUAAAGGGAGAAGACCUUCCAAAAGAAGAGGAAAAUUUUCAGAAAGUAUACAUAAAGGCUCCAUCUUUUCUUUCUAUUCACAUGGGGGUUAAAGCUGAAGUUCUACCACCAGAUACAGAUUGCCAUCAUUUUGUCCUUGAGAAUGAUUGGACAAGACUUGAAGAGCCAUAUGGAAGUAUAUUUUUGAGCAUUCCAACUGUUCUUGAUUCAUCAUUGGCUCCUGAAGGACGCCAUAUUCUUCACAUAUUUACAACCUCUUCCAUUGAGGACUGGGAGGGUCUCUCGCCCAAGGACUACGAGGCAAAGAAGGAACUUGUGGCAGAUGAAAUCAUUAAAAGAUUAGAGAAAAAACUAUUUCCAGGACUUAUGUCAUCUAUUGUUUUCAGGGAGGUGGGGACACCAAAGACACAUAGGCGGUAUUUGGCUCGUGACAGGGGUACCUACGGACCCAUGCCUCGCGGAACUCCCAAGGGAUUGUUGGGAAUGCCUUUCAAUACAACAGGUAUAGAUGGUUUGUACUGUGUUGGUGAUAGCUGCUUUCCAGGUCAAGGUGUUAUAGCUGUAGCUUUUUCAGGAGUAAUGUGUGCUCAUCGUGUAGCUGCUGAUAUUGGUCUUGAGAAGAAAUCUCCAUUACUGGAUGCUGCCCUCCUUCGAACUCUUGGUUGGUUAAGAACACUAGCCUGAGAGUUGCCGGAGAAUUGUUGAUUGCUUGCUUAGGAACAUUAGUACUCUCUCUCUCCAUUUUCUGGCCAUCGUCAGGUCUUGUUUUUGUUCCAAAGUUGAAGUAAGUUUUCAACUUUGAGUCAUUUCUGCGGGAGGCUAGGACGACUGUAUAUACGAGAAGACAAAAAAAAUAAUAAAAAAGUGUAACCUCCUUAAUGCUUGAUGUAAUUUUUUUCAAAAUAAAUGUUUUCAUUUUAUUUUUUGUGGGGGUUAAAUAUAUGUAAUGCAAUAUGUGGAUAAUAAUAUACAGCACAGUAUCUUUCUUUUA